AUGGAGGAAGAGGAAGGACAGGGAGACAGACGAGUAACGAGGAGUAAUGGGGAUCGAGAGGAGCGGAUCGUUUACAGUGUGGAGGACACUCCCCCUCCCCUUCUCACUUUCGUAUUUGCAUUGCAGCAAGCUAUUCUGGCUUUGGGAAGCACACUGUCUAUUCCCUUCAUUUUAACCAUUCAGCUAUGUGCCAGCACAAACUCUGACGCUCGCGCCCAGCUCCUGUGUAUUUCCAUGUUUAUGUGUGGCGUGGCGACCCUUCUACAAACAACGUUCGGUGUCAGACUAGGGAUCAUACAGGGUGGAUCCCACAAUUUUAUCGCCCCAAUUAUAGCUAUGAUGGCGCUAGACAAAUGGAAGUGCACAGAGCAAGAGCUAAAUGUUGACGAAUUGAAUUACAAUUCCACAAUCAUCGACAGAGACGACAUUUGGCAGAAAAGAAUGCGCGAGAUUCAAGGCAAUUUGAUGUUGGCCUCUGUUAUUCAGCUUGUCUUGGGAUGUACCGGCCUGAUGGGGUUUUUCCUUAAGUUCAUUGGCCCCCUCACCAUAGCUCCUACUAUUUCUUUGAUAGGCCUUUCUCUAACAGGUGUAGCAGCCGAUAUCAACAAGUACCACUGGGGAAUAGCCAUGCUAACGUUGGUGCUGAUUGCAGUAUUCAGUUUAUACCUGGGCCGCCUCAAAAUUCCUUUACCAAGUUUUUCAAAAGCCAAAAAAUGCCACAUAACAAGAUACCCAAUCUUCCAGCUUAUGCCAGUGAUUCUCAGUGUCGCCAUCUGUUGGCUGCUUAGUUAUAUUCUUACAGUCACGGACGUCCUUCCUCCAAAAAUUGUCAUCCAAAACAAAUCCAGCACCAAUCUCGCGCGUACAGACGCCAGGCUAGACGUACUCAAAACCAUGCCGUGGUUCUAUUUCCCAUAUCCAUUUCAGUUCGGCAUACCCACGGCUUCGGUGGCAGGAUUUGCAGGAAUGCUUGCCGCCACUAUAUCAUCUAUUAUCGAGUCCGUGGGAGAUUAUUUUGCCGCCGCUCGGCUGUCAAAUGCCGAGGCACCACCGCCUCAUGCAGUCAACCGUGGAAUAGCCACUGAAGGAUUUGCUAGCAUCAUUUCCGGUAUGGUUGGAGCAGGGCAUCCUACCACUUCAUACAGUGGAAAUAUUGGAGCUAUUGGAAUAACAAAGGUUGCGAGUAGGCGUGUUUUUCAAGUGGCUGGGAUUGUCCUUCUCCUGAGUGGCAUUAUCGGUAAAUUCGGGGCGGUACUGACACUGAUCCCAGAUCCCAUUAUAGGUGGGACUCUGACGGUAGUGUUUGGGAUGGUGGGAGCAGUUGGGAUUUCCGUGCUUCAGUUUAUGGACAUGUCAUCUACCAGAAAUCUGACAAUUCUAGCUUUGUCGAUGAUACUGGGUCUGAUGAUCCCGCAGUGGUUACUUCAGAACCCAAAGUCUAUUAAUACUGGAAGUGACGAUCUUGACCAGGUCCUGGAGGUCUUGCUUACUACCGCCAUGUUUGUUGGUGGGGUCAUCGGCUUUAUUCUGGACAAUACUGUACCAGGGUCGAAAGAAGAACGUGGACUAUUAAAAUGGAGGGAGACUUUAGACUUAAGUCUGGAGAGAAGAAAACCAGUUCAAUAUAACAUGCCUCUAGUUACAAAGUUAUUGAAACGAUUGAAAUGCUGUGCAUAUUUUCCAAUAUCCCCAACAUUCUCAAAAAGUCCACUAAACUGUUGUAAGAAAAGUAGGACUCAAAAGAAGUAUGAUCCUGACAUAGUCCUCACUGACACCAAACCAGUACAACAAAAUGGCAGCAGUGAUCUCUCAGAGAAACUGUAG